AUGCCCAAAGUGUUCAACGCACGAGCGCUGUGGUCCACUGAAUCUGAUCCCCAUCGCGCUGAGAAAAUCGCCAAGAACUACGGCAUUCCCAAUUGGACCAAUGACGUGUCCAAAGUCCUGAACCAUCCAGAGAUUGACGCUGUGAUUAUUUGCUCGCCUACAGACAGACACGCAGAGCAAACCAUUGAAGCUGCUAGGAACAAAAAACACAUUUUUUGUGAGAAGCCCCUGGAUCUUGAUCUCGACGUCGUCAAUAAAACCAUCAUGGCGACGAAAGAUGCUGGUGUGAAGCUUAUGAUUGGAUUCAAUCGUCGUUUUGAUGCCAAUUUUCUUCGUGUGAAACGAGCUAUCGACCAUGACGAGGUAGGUAAGAUUAACAUGGUGCGUAUCACAAGCCGUGACCCUAGUCCACCACCUGUAAGCUACAUCAAAAGCUCUGGAGGGUUGUUCCACGAUAUGACUAUCCAUGACUUCGACAUGGCGAGAUUUCUUAUUGGUGACGAAGUCGAUGAGGUCUAUGCCAUGGCGCAGAGCGUGAAUCUCGACAUUGCAGCAGCAGGCGACAUUGACACGGCUGUAGUGCUGCUCAAGUUCCAUAACGGUGUCAUCUGUUACAUUGAGAACAGCCGAGAGGCGGCGUAUGGGUAUGACCAACGCGUGGAGGUUCUGGGGUCAAAGGGCUCCGUUGCAUGUGAUAACAAGUACCCGAACCAGGUGGUGGUGUCUACGAAUGAAAGCGUGCGUCGUGACUUGCCGCUUCAUUUCUUUCUGGAGCGCUAUAUGGAUGCAUAUGUGGCGGAGAUGGAGGCUUUCAUCCAUGUGUGCACUACGAAUGGUGCUUCGGUUCCUGUUGGCGGUAAUGAUGGUCGUGAGGCUUUGUUGCUGGCUCUGGCGGCAAACAAGUCGCUUGCGGAGAAUCGUCCUGUCAAGGUCAAUGAGCUACGUGGUUAA